AUGAAACUGCUCGACAUGAGGGCCUUCGAGUUGAAAUCAACGAUUCACGAUGUGCUCGACCGUGUUUGGGAUUCCCUAGUACGGAUAGACCGAGAGAACAAAAAUAUUGCUGUAUUUCAAAGUCAUGAAGAUGAGCAGAUGAGUUUAGCCGAUGCCGUUGUAGGUCUAAAGGCGUAUAAGGAACUUGAUCAAAAAAUGACUUCAUUUUGGCAUGGCAUCGACCAAACUGUUGUCGGUCCACGCACCAACAUUGAAGCUCAGGAGCUGCCCAAGAUCCGAUUAGAGGGUUCGUAUUUAACUCUUGACGGGAGCGCAGAUAGAUCUAUCACCGCUUUAUUUUCCGACCUAGACCAGGUGAUGACCUAUCUAUCUGAGCGUUUACCGGAAGAGUUGGUAUACUCCUUAUCCAACGUAAUGAUGCAAGACCUUGUCCCUCGGCUUAUAAGCACUUGGCUAGACAUAGCAGUUCCAGCAUCUCUAAAAGAAAUGGACGAGUUUCAACAUGUUACAGAAGUUGUAAAAGCAUUCUGCAACCGUUUGCGGGGUUUAAAACUUUCUGGGUUCGAAGAGCUACAGGAGUGGGUUGAUGAUGCUCCGAGGGUGUGGUUAUCCAAAUGUAAAGAAACUGCAUUAGACACCGUUCGUACGAGGCUGUCCCGAGGACUCGGCCAAUCGAAGGAAGUAGAACGUGUCGAAACUCAAUCCGUCACGCGGUCCGAAGGUAAGGAAUUAGUUGCCAACGGUGUUGGCCCUUCAAAUGAUGAUGAUGACUGGGGCGCAGCGUGGGAUGAUGGGGAGACAGAUACUCAAAAAGACACCAAUUUAAAACCAGAGGCAAACGAAGAUGACGGAACUGAUGCGUGGGGUUGGGGUGAAGAUGAUACUGUAGUCGAACAACUUCAAACGGAACCAGCAGCUGAGGAAGACCCUGCGGCAGCAUGGGGAUGGGGUGAAGAGGAUACGAUGGAAACAGUCCCUGAAGAGCCGACAUCGAAAUCUCAACCUUCAAACACACAGACUCGUGAGUUGACGUUAAAAGAAACUUAUAAUAUUUCUUCUAUGCCAGAGCCGGUCCUAGCACUUGUCUCGGCUAUUCUUGAAGAUGCAGCCUCGCUCGUUGGGAGUGACGGCAACCCGAUGGCGUCAACAGCCGGUGGUCUCUUUUCAUUACCAACCCUUGUCCUUGCUAUGUUCCGCGCCGUGUCACCAUACUACUAUACUCUUAAUACAGGCGGUAAUAUGUUCCUAUAUAAUGACGCGAUAUAUCUUUCCGAACGGCUUUCGGACCUCGCUAAGGACUGGAAAACCCGCGAAGAUCUAACGCCUCGUGCGAUUGCGAUGCUCCGCCUCGACAAUGAUAUCAAGGCACUCCAGUCUUUCGCAACUCGUGCCUACUCGUCCGAGAUGUCUACACAGAGAACAGUUUUGAGGGAUUUACUUGGUGGUUCUCAGAAUCUUCUCCAGCAGGACGGGCUCGCUACUUCCGACCUAGAAGCACAAGUCGACAGCGCAACCGGGCACGUGCGUGCCCUCGCCGCAACAUGGUCUACUAUUCUAUCGAAAUCAGCCUGGAGCCAAGCCGUAGGCUCACUGGUCGAUACCCUCGCCGCGAAACUUGUCUCCGACGUCAUGGACCUGGCAGGCAUCGGCCAAGAUGAAGCGUACAACAUUGCGAGCCUAAUCGUGCGCAUCACGGAGCUUGACGAGCUAUUCCUUCCUCCAGGAGCACCAAAGGACGCAGUCCCCACUACAUCCGAGUACGCCAGCAGUUGGCUAAGGCUCAAGUACCUCAGCGAAGUGCUGCAGAGCAAUCUCCAGGACGUACGUUAUUUGUGGAUGGAAAGCGAGCUUAGUCUAUAUUUUUCAGUUGAAGAAGUGGUCGAGUUGAUCGGCCUGAGUUUUGUGGAUAAUGCACGGACGAGAGAGAUCGUCAAAGAGAUCGAAGCACAUCCACAACCGCUUAGAGCGAGGUGA